UCCGACGCCAUCUACCACCAUUACAAGAACCCUUCCCACCACUUCUCCCCGCUCUAAUCCUUGAGACCUCACACCAAUCUGUCCAUCUCUCUCCUAGUUUCCUCUCCAGCUCUCCUCACCUCUCUCUCUCUCUCUCUCUCUCUCUCUCUGAAACCUUAGACUUAACAGAGCAUCUGCAAUUCCGCAUCUCCAAACUGGCGUUCGAUAAUCAAGAAUCCACGGUCAAAGAAAUCAAACCCAAGAACAGAAGAAUCAUGGGAGCUGGAGGUCCAGAAGACGAUGAUAACGUGUGGCCACAAUGGUUGCGCCCUCUCCUCCAAACUCCUUUCUUUGUUCAAUGCAAGUUCCAUGCUGAUUCCCACAAGAGUGAAUGCAAUAUGUAUUGCUUGGAUUGCAUGAAUGGGGCUCUCUGUUCUCUUUGCCUGGCUUAUCACAAGGACCACAGAGCGAUUCAGAUUCGAAGGUCUUCUUACCACGACGUGAUUAGGGUUUCUGAGAUUCAGAAGGUCUUGGACAUUAGCGGUGUUCAGACCUACAUUAUCAACAGCGCCCGAGUUGUAUUCUUGAACGAACGUCCUCAGCCCAGGCCGGGCAAAGGGGUAACUAACACCUGCGAGGUCUGCGAGCGGAGCCUCCUUGAUGCCUUCCGAUUCUGUUCUCUUGGCUGCAAGAUUGUCGGAACUUCCAAGAACUUCCAGAAGAAGAAGCGAUCGCCGGCGACAGCCUCGGACUCAGAAGACUCGUACAGUAGCAGCAGCCAUGAUCACCAGAAGUCCAAAGUCCGGAGCUUCACCCCUCCCACACCUCCACCAACGGUCGCAAAUUACAGAACUGCGAAGCGGAGAAAGGGAAUUCCCCACAGAGCCCCUUUCGGAGGACUUAUCAUAGAAUAUUAGAAUUACUAGUCAGUACACAGUAUUAGUAGGCUAGUAUCAGUUAAUUACUGAAAUAUCCAGGAAUACGCAGUAAAUUAUAAAUACUAAAAUGUAGCCCCCCUCUUUUAGGCUUUCACACUUUCUCUUUACUCUGUGGGAGCCCAACAGCACCAAGGAAGCCGGUGUUGGGACCUGAUGUGAAGACUCUCUCUCUCUCUCUCUGUUGUAUAUAGAAACAGUCUACAAUAGAAAAACUGAAAAAGUUGGAAAAUUAGAGAAAAUAAAAAGGGAUGUAAGGAGUUAAAAGUAAUUAGGUUGAUCUACAGGUACCUAAAAGGAAAAUAUAUAUACCUAAGUUUUGAUAGUGGAUUAAAUGUAAAUAUAUUUUGUGAUUAGGGAUGACUAUGCAAUGAUAGAUUUGUCUAUAAAUGGAAUGAAAAUAUGGAAUAAACGAGAUUCACGUUCAUCUGUGUCUUUGCUGUUGCACUGUAUCAUUCCUUUUCUCUGUGAAGUGUUACUGUAUUUUUGCUGUGGCAGAAGAAAGGCGGGCCACGGUGAAACGUGGGUCCAGCGGGGCCGCCGACUUGCAAGAAAAAGUUAAAAACCGGAGGGUAUCCGCUGUUCCACGUGGAAUGUUUUCUUCGACGAGAGAAAAGUUGAGGUGUCCGAAUUCUCCGAACCGAACUCGCCCAGCCGCCAUCGGCGACGAUUCAUCGGCGUGUAAUGCUUUUUCCUCGUGUAAGGAAGUGGGUUGGUAUCUCCUGUUUUGGGUACUAUUGAGCGUUUGGACAUUGGACGGUCGUUAGGAGUCAGGGCAUUACUCAAGUUGCGGAAAGUGGACCCGCCCCACUUUAUGACUUUGAUCAUUUGGCGUUUGCGCGUGUUUUUAGUUGUUAUGCUUUCAUGCUAAGCAAUAUUAUAUUAUGCAUUGAAUCGACUGACGAUUCUGACCGUCCGAUGGAAAAGGAUAAGCUUCCAAUGGGUAAUUGAAUUUUAGGUGAUGCAGUGCACCGAGGAUGGAAGCCUUAUUGCGAAGCCCAUGGAUUUGAUGGUUCUGAUGAGCCCAUAAUCUCACGAAGCCCUCAGAACGUGCCACGUGUCUUGCUUUUUUCUGGGAGUUUAUAUCUAGACACGUGGAAACUCGAAUUUAUGAAACGUGGCUGGUACCGAAUAAGUUACUGGUAUUCCAGGUAAAGCGUACUUUGCUAAGGAGAUAGAGACAAGCAGGACCCGAGAGGCCGAGAUAUGUCGUCAUCGUUAGCGUGGUUCCAAUAGUUUCCUCAAAAAAAAAAAAAAAAAAA